AUGUACAUCCUGUCCCGAUGUUCUCACGCUACGUACAUCCUGUCCCGAUGUUCUCACGCUACGUACAUCCUGUCCCGAUGUUCUCACGCUACGUACAUCCUGUCCCGAUGUUGUCACGCUACGUACAUCCUGUCCCGAUGUUGUCACGCUACGUGCAUCCUGUCCCGAUGUUGUCACGCUACGUACAUCCUGUCCCGAUGUUCUCACGCUACGUACAUCCUGUCCCGAUGUUGUCACGCUACGUACAUCCUGUCCCGAUGGUGUCACGCUACGUACAUCCUGUCCCGAUGGUGUCACGCUACGUACAUCCUGUCCCGAUGGUGUCACGCUACGUACAUCCUGUCCCGAUGGUGUCACGCUACGUACAUCCUGUCCCGAUGUUGUCACGCUACGUACAUCCUGUCCCGAUGUUCUCACGCUACGUACAUCCUGUCCCGAUGGUGUCACGCUACGUACAUCCUGUCCCGAUGUUCUCACGCUACGUACAUCCUGUCCCGAUGGUGUCACGCUACGUACAUCCUGUCCCGAUGUUCUCACGCUACGUACAUCCUGUCCCGAUGGUGUCACGCUACGUACAUCCUGUCCCGAUGUUCUCACGCUACGUACAUCCUGUCCCGAUGGUGUCACGCUACGUACAUCCUGUCCCGAUGUUCUCACGCUACGUACAUCCUGUCCCGAUGGUGUCACGCUACGUACAUCCUGUCCGGAUGUUCUCACGCUACGUACAUCCUGUCCCGAUGUUCUCACGCUACGUACAUCCUGUCCCGAUGUUCUCACGCUACGUACAUCCUGUCCCGAUGUUCUCACGCUACGUACAUCCUGUCCCGAUGUUCUCACGCUAUCGAGUGA